AUGGCUGGACCGCGAGACGGAAAGAGUCAUCCAGCAGAGUGGGUGUCUAGGCCUGAUACUCUUGAUCUACCAAGAUGGUCGGCCAAUCUCGGUCUCAAGUCCUUGAAGACCAACGUCCUUCUUUCGACAGUCAUUGCCAUCACGGGAAUUUGUGUCCCAAUUGGUUUGUCGUUCAUCCUCAAGCAACUUGCAGGAGCUAUAUCCCUUCAGUCCUUCGCUGCCAGUGCAGCCCUGAGCGCGACUAGUCUUGGCAGCAGUUUUACCAUUCUCUCAAGUUAG